UGCUGCGGGACCAGAUGGUGCCGACGGGGUGCGCCGAGCUCCGGGGAGCGCCGGUGAGACCCAGGCCGCGGAGGACGUGGUUCUCAGGGGUGGCUGUUUGGGAAAGCCCUCUCGCUCUCCCUGUGACCCGAGCUGUUGGUAGUGCCGGGACUCCAGCCCACCCCUUUCCAGCGUAAACACCCGGUCGAGCCGCGCCCACCGCCGGUCUGGCCUCACGGCCGCUGCCCGCCUGGCCUCCUCCGAGCCGCGGUCCCUGCACCCCAAGAACUCGCCCUGUGCCGCCUGCGUGGAAGGGGAGCCGCGAGCCGCCCGCGCCAGAACGUGUUCCUGCUGGGCCUGAGCCCUGCUCCGAAGUCCCUGCUAACCAGGACGUUUACAGAUGACAACUAAGUUCUGUUGUUACUAAGCCUUCAGCAAUUAUGGCAAUACCUUGGAAGAAAGCCCUUCUGAUACUUCUAACAUCCCAAGCACUGUCCUUAGUGAAUAGCAUUGAGGAGGAGGAGGAAGUACCUGAAGAAUGGAUUCUCUUGCACGUGGUUCAGGGUCAUAUCGGAGCUGGAAAUUAUAGCUAUUUGAGACUAAAUCAUGAAGGGAAAAUAGUUCUUCAAAUGAAAAGCUUAAAAGGUGAUGCAGAUUUGUAUGUAUCUGAUACCACCCUUCACCCAAGUUUUGAUGAAUAUGAAUUACAGUCUGUAACUUGCGGCCAAGAUGUUGUUUUCGUGCCCGGACACUUCCAGCGCCCCGUAGGAAUAGGUAUCUAUGGACAUCCAUCUCACCUUGAGAGUGAAUUUGAAAUGAAAGUAUAUUACGAUAGAACGGUUGUAGAAUAUCCAUUUGGUGAAACAACUUAUGCCACAGAUGGUAAAGCUACAAGCCAAAAGCAGCCUACACCAGAAGAUACGUCUCAAGAUGAAGAAUCCAUUGUUUGGACAAUAAUAAUUGGCAUUUUGAAACUAAUUCUUGAGGUUCUUUUUUAAUAUCAUUGGACAAACACACUGGAAUACAGUACCCUUAACCUGUGAAGUGGAUUGUGGUUUGCUGUGAACAUUGCUACUUUUUAUAUGUUUCAGGAAAUAGGGUUCAGGGGACCUUUUUUAUGGAGGGUGGGUGGGGAAAAAAAGCCAUAUUUACUUUUGUAUUGUAAUUCCCCCCAAAAUAAGAGCAGCAAGCACAAGAUUUGUAGUUUUCUUUAAAGAAAGAAGAGUUCAUAUAAAUGGAGAAUGUACAAUAAAAAAAAAAACGCUUAGAUUUCAUUUAACAGUUUGUCAGGCAUUCAUUUAAGUACAGCAGUAAUCUUAUGUAAAACAAUUUGGAUUGGAGUGCAGAUUUUAUAUAAAAUUUGCAAAAAAUUUUAUUAAAAUUUGACUUUCUAAAAUUUUUACACUACUUAAAGCAAACUACUUAUUACAAAACAUAUUAUAACAUGUAAGUUAAGAUGUUCAGUUUUUAAAUGGAGAUUAGUCCCGUAUCUCUGUGAAAUAAAUCUCAUUUACCCCCACACUGCCUAAGAAAUAAAUGGUACCAACUACAUAUUUUGCUGCAUAGUUUCCAGGCAAUUUACAAAGAAGAGGCACUAGCAACAUUAAGUUGGUGGAGUAAAGCUAGAAAUACCUUUGACCCCAGCAUAUACUUCCAGACUUUCUCAGGAACUAUAGAAUAAAGCAACAGUUCAGCUGUGAUCAAAGUUGUCAUCUAGGGUUAUUCUGUACAGUUCUGAAACUGUACUGAGACUUCAUGGAACCACAAUUUUAAAACUGGAAGAGGCCUGAGACAGAGAGUUUCUAGCUCAGAGAAGCUAUGGAAUUUCUAGGGAACCAAGAUCACAAAGCUGGUUAGUAUCAGGCCACUUCUACAGAGCCCAAGUCUCCAUCCAUCCAGUUCAGUUUGCUUUCCCUGUACACCAGCUGUGUUAAUUAAAAUUAAUUUCAUUUACUAUAUAUUAAAAAGUUGAUCAUUGAGAUUCAUUUUGUCUAAAAAUUGCAAUUUCCCUAAUUUUAUCCUGUUGUUUUAGAUAUUUGCCUAUGGCACUGGACUACUGUUUGAAGAUAGUUAUAAAUCAUAGUUGAACUAUUAAAUUGUACAUUUAUAACAAAAUUCAAGUAGUAGUCCAUAGCUGAAUAUCAAAAAUAGGGGAGAAAAUGAAGGAAAUAAUAAGUUUAGGCUUCUUAAUAAAAUGUGAUCAAUUUCUAAAAAUUAA